GUUGUUCACGAAGAUGAGCAAGUGCGGAAUUUCUUCCGAAAGUAAAUCGCACGAUUUCGGCCGCGUGCGCUAUGAAUACAUCCACGCCGUAAUGAACACGCGCCAAUUCGCAGGAGCGUUUGGUGGACCCGACCGGCAGAGGAAGAAAGUAGCGCACUAUAGCCGUCAUUGAGGACCCUCCGUGAUCAUCCGAUGACGUCCCUUCCGCAAUUAAUAUUAGUCUGCGGGUGAUAUAUGGUCGCGCCUCGUUCUUCGGUCUGAUUCCGACUGCUGCUCUCUCCCCUCACUCCGAAUUGUCUUUGAUUCUGAUUGCUUCUUACCAGUCACUUCCGUCUAAUUAUCUAGCUGUUACUUGCGUAAUUCCUCCCUCGUUAUCCUCUCCUCUACGAUGUUGCGCUCGCAGGCUCUCAACGCGAAGAAGACGACACGCGACCUGUGCGUUGUGCGUGUAACAAGUGCACGGAACUUUAGCGCGUCUGCAAGACGGUCAGAACAGCACUUGGUCAUCCUCGGGUCGGGAUGGGGAGGCUACGAGCUGCUGAGAGGGAUUGACAAAAGGCGGUGGAACGUUACCAUCGUCUCGCCCACAAAUUAUUUCAACUUCACACCUCUCCUCGCAGGUUGCGCAGUCGGCACGCUCGAAUUCCGUUCUGCUGUUGAGCCUGUCAGACGAUACACACCACGAGUGAACGCGUAUCAAGCAUGGUGCGACAACAUCGACUUCAAGCAGAGGACCAUCUGUUGCAUGCCAGCAACGCCCCCGCUGCCGUCUCAUUACCACCAACACGUAAUCGGCAACGGACACGAGCACGCGCAGGCGCCCACAGAGAGGAAGGCGCUUACACCCGUCGAGCAAGGGGUCGGCACGACGAGCCCUCCAGCGGUCCUGCAGGAGAGGUUCAAGCUUCGGUACGACAAGCUUAUUAUCGCAGUGGGUGCGUACAGCCGGACGUUCAACAUACCUGGAGUGAAGGAGCAUGCGUAUUUUUUGAAGGAUAUCAAGGAUGCGCGAAGGAUUCGGUCGAGGAUCCUGGAAUGCUUUGAACAAGCGAACCAGCCCACUAUCACGGACGACGACCGGCGGAAACUCCUGCACUUCUGCAUCGUAGGCGGUGGCCCGACCGGUGUCGAAUUCGCGGCAGAGUUGCACGAUCUGCUACACGCGGAGAUCAAACAGCAUUUCCCUCAGCUUGCGCGGAUGGCCAAGAUCUCGCUGUACGACGUGGCGCCGCAGAUCCUUGGGAGCUUCGACGUUGGCUUGCAGGAGUGGGCGGCGCGCAAGUUCACACGGAAAGGUAUCAAUAUCUUGACGCAGCACCACGUCGAGCGUGUGGAAGAAGGCGGCAUGUUCGUCACUGAGCAGGGUGAAGUCAACUUCGGCAUGCUGGUAUGGAGUACUGGUCUGGCGCCGAACCCGCUUGUGUCGUCGAUUAACGAGAUCGAGAAGGACACGCGGACUGGCAGCUUGCUCACAGAUGAGCAUCUCAACGUGCUCAUGAAGGACAGUGGGAAGCCCGACCCGGAUGUAUGGGCUAUUGGUGACGCGGCCAUCAUCAAGGGUCAGCCUCUCCCUGCCACUGCUCAGGUGGCGAACCAAAAGGCAAAGUACCUGUUCAAGAAGCUGAACAGGAUCGUGAAGGGCAAAUCGCACCCGACGGAGUUCAACUUCGUGAACGCAGGCAGCCUCGCAUAUAUCGGCGACUGGCAGGCGGUGUACGACCGUACGAGCGCGGCCAAGGGCCCGAAGACGAAGGAGACGGGCCGGCUCGCGUGGCUGCUCUGGCGCUCGGCGUACUUCACCAUGACGUUGAGCUUGAAGAACAAGAUCUUGGUCCCUACGUAUUGGUUCAUGAACUGGAUCUUCGGCCGGGACCUUAGUCGUUUCUGAGAUCCGAUUCUUUGCGGUGGAUGCGUGGAUGGCAGGGCAGGCUGGGUGCGAUGCUGGUACAUAGGCUGCGGGGUACGGGUAACAAACCUACUAAUUAGUUGAGUUUUGGCUUCUCAUUGUAGCGCUAUCUCAUAGAGGACUAGCUGUGGUGACAGUUAGAUAGAGACAUCCCAAUCAUAGGCUAUUCUAGUGGAACUUCAUCCGC